AUGGUAGAACGGGAGAAAAUAAAGAUGCCCGCGAGCGUAUUCGCGCUUUCGAUGAAGAUCGGUCUUCGAUACGUCGGGAUGUGGCUGGACAUGCUCUACACGAUGCUCUACCGGUGUUUUUGGAUAAUGAGUACCACCAUAGUAUAGAUUUACCAAUACUGGUACCUCAUCAUUCACUUCAGAACCGACAAUCUGUCGGACCUGAUGGACGCUUUAAGUGUCGCAAUGGAGUACAGCGUGACGUUCGCGAAACUCAUUAUUUUAUGGUUGUUUACUCGUAUAUUUAACGAUCUCUUAGCUGUAAUGGCCAAGGAUUGGAAGGAUGCCGCCCUGAACGAAGUGCAAAUUAUGACCGGCAAGGCUAAUCUGUCGCGGUAUUUCUCCAAUGUGAUCAUUAGUUUCCCCGUGGCAGGACUGAUAUCUUACCUCAUAAAUGUUCUUGUGCAAAGCAGCCAGAACGACGUCGACGUGAACGGCAUUCCGAAUCGCGAAUACACGCUGAAACUGCAGUUGCCCUUCGAGCACAACCAAUCGCCGCGAUACGAGCUCGUUCAAUGCGUAGAAUUUCUGCACCAGCUAUCGGCUGGCCUUGUGAUUGGCACGUUGAACUCGCUGGUCAUCACUUUUGUUCUUCAUGUGUGCGGCCAGAUAGAAGUCCUGUGUGAUACAUUGAGGGACUUUUCCCACGGCAAACACAAUCAACGCUUGACGUUCUCCGUCGCAGGUGAACUGGUAGUUAAGCAUCAGAAGAUCAUUACCUUUUCCGACAAGGUCGAGGGAAUCUUCUGUUACAUCGCGCUAAUACAAUUUUUAUCGAGCACAUUGGUGAUCUGCUGUUUAGGGUACAUGCUGGUGACAGUAAGUGAUUGCAUGCGAAGAAACGCGAAGCAUGAUAUCUACAUUAUUGUGGUUCGAUUUUGUAGAUUUAGUGACGCGCAAGACGGCGAUUCGAUCGACAGUCCGGCGUUGAUAAAGGCUAGUGUGUUUUACAUGGCCGCCAUUAUGGAGGGAUUUCUCUUCUGCUUUUGUGGAGAAUACCUUAGCGCCAAGAGCAAAAUGAUUUUCGAUGCCGCAUACAAGUCACUCUGGUACGACUUGAAGCCCAACCAGAACAAAUUCAUUCUGCUCAUAAUGUUGAGGUUACAGAGGAGGCUUACCAUCACGGCCGGAAAAAUAAUGGAUCUGUCGUUGGAGGGAUUCACGAGUAAAAUAAAGACGUCUGUGAGCGACUUCUCCUUCACGAUGGAACUCGGUCUUCGACAUAUCGGGAUGUGGCCGGAUACGCCGGGCAUAUUGUUCUAUCGGUGUGUUUGGAUUCUGACCAUGACCGUAAUGCAGAUUUGCCAAUACUGGUACCUUAUUCUUCACUUGAAAACCGAAGAUCUGUUGAAUCUGACGGACGCUUUGAACGCUGCUCUAGAAUAUACUGUGAUGUUUACGAAACUCAUUAUUUUAUGGUUCAAUACUCGUAUAUUUAACAAUGUCCUAGCUGUAAUGGCUACUGAUUGGAGGGAUGCUGCUGUCAACGAAGUACACGUUAUGAGCGACAAGGCCAGUCUGUCACGUCACUUGUCUAAUUUGGUAACUGGAGUUCAUGCGUGUAGCGCAAUUUCGUACGGUGUAGGCCUUCUGGCGCAGAUCUGCCAGAACAAUGUCGAUGAAGACGGCACGCCGAUUCGUGAGUUCAUAGUGAAGGUGCAGCUGCCUUUCGAUUACACCCAGUCACCGCGGUUCGAGCUCAUUCAAUGCCUGAGGUUCAUGCAUAUGGUUCCGGCUGCUAUCGUGAACGGCAUGUUGAACGCUCUAGUCAUCACGUUAGUUCUUCACACUUGCGGCCAGAUAGAAAUCCUGUGCGAUGUAUUGAAAAAUUUCUCCCCUGGCAAGCAACACUUGGCGUCCUUCUUGGGCGAACUGGUUGUCAGGCAUCAGAAGAUUAUCGCCUUCGCUGACAAGGUCGAGAAAAUUUUCUGUUACAUCGCGCUCAUACAAUUCUUGUCGAGCACAUUGGUGAUCUGUUGCUUGGGAUACAUGUUGGUGACAACGAUUGGCAACGCGCAAGACGGCGAUUCGAUCGACAGUCCGGCGCUGAUGAAGGCUAUGAUGUUUUACACGGCCGCCAUUAUGGAGGCGUUUCUCUUCUGCUCCUGUGGAGAAUACCUCAGUGCCAAGAGCAAAAUGAUCGGCGACGCGGCGUACAAGUCACUCUGGUACGACUUGAAACUCGACCAGAACAAAUUCGUCCUGCUCAUAAUGUUGAGGUCAAAGAGGAGGCUUACCAUCACGCUCGGGAAGAUGAUGGAUCUGUCGCUGGAAGGAUUCACGAAC